CAACCGCACUCGAUGAAAUCCCGCCAAAGACUCCUCCGUUUAAUGAACGGAGAGAACAGAACCAAAAAAAGGAGGAAUUGUCACUCAUCACGUCAAGUCAAUCAAUCGAAAUGAACACACCAUUUUUUAUUUAAUUUAAUCACUAAUAUGGCCAUAAGUUUUUAAUUCUCACACAAAAGUAGUUAUGUAGGUAUCACAAACUCUUAUUUUUAAUGUAUGUGGAAGAAGAAGAGUUAGAAAUUCUCGUCUGAUUGACGUCAGCUUCCCAGAAAUGGGUUGUGUGUGCUGUUCUUUGAGUUCGUUUGUUUCUAUCGUAUUACAUGCCUUGGAAAGAAUAUCACUAUGCACAGUCUGUGCUAUGUUGACAUGUUGUCUGAUGUUUACCAUCCUAACAGUGACGAUGCUGGGAAUUGGGAUCGGGUACCAUUACUGCACAGUCUCGCAUUCUGUGGAAGCAAUGGCUGCUGCAGCGAAGGCAGCCGGGGCUUUGCGUUCCGGUCGCCCAGAGAAUUCGCACGUGAUGCGUUCCAUCGACAAGGCUGUGAAGCGAGGUGUGGCGCACCGACUCGCACGUCGUGACGUGCCCUCCCCGCCGAUCUCCAACAAUAACACACUCAAUGAAAUGCUGAACCGUCACGACUCCAUCCUAAAGAAGCCCAUAUACCAAAGUUUCAGUGCUGCCAAUAUCACAAACUUGACGAAAACUUUUAUCUGAUAGUACCUAAAGUCAGGGUUGUUGAGUUAUAUACUUUGAGGCGCCAGUUUUGUCGCGAGUCAUUAUCGCUUUUGUGAGCACUGAACAAAUGACGCAAAAGCUAAAUAUUUGAUAUGGGUAAGUCACAAUUAAAUCGGGCAUUCUGAAAAAGUGUUUGUUUCGGCAUAUUCUGUAUAAUAUGCGGUUUGUGUUCAUAUUCUUUGGAUGACCCUCGGAAAUUCACAGAACUUUUGAAUGCAAUAAAUAUAAAAUUUAUAAAGAAAAAUAUUUUAUUU